AUGUCACUACCUAAUGCCGACGAACUCGAACAACUUCCAGAGAUUGAGAAGCAAUGGGCAGUCAAAGCUAUGCACCAUGCAGAGAUUUACUUCAGGUUGAUAACAACGGUUGACAACGAAAAACUUCGGUUGACUCC